AUGGGCACCCUCAUAUCCGAUAUUUUUGGUCAAAUUGACUCUCACUCUACCAAUCUCAGGACUGAGAUAUCAACGGUCAAAGACAAGCUUGAAAAAUCAAUCGAGAGUAUACAGAAUAAGCUUGACGCCCACGGAGUGGUCGUAUCGGAGCUGGAGUACGGAAAUAUCUGGAAAGGGAAAGGCCCAACAAGAGCAAAAGAAACGGCGUCGCUACAGGCUGCUGUCAAGGAGGUGAAGGCAGGGAGGAGUCUGAGGAAGGAGCCUGAGGGAGGAGCCUGGGGGAGGAGCCUGAGGGAGGAGUCUGAGGGAGGGAGGUGGCUCGUGAGUUUGGUAUACCUCACACCACUAUCCAGGAAGGCAAAGCAGAGGAGGCAGGAGGAACUGCACAGGAAGAGGGAGGAUCUGCAGAGGAAGAAGCAGGAGUUGCAAAGGAAGAGAGAGAAGAUCAAAAAACGCAAGGCUGAGGUGCAGGUAGAAGACCUCGCCGGCGGGCACUGUGCCAUCUGCCGCAACAUCAAGGUAGAAGACCUCGCCGGCGGGCACUGUGCCACCUGCCGCAACAUCAAGGUAGCAGGCCUCGCCGGGGGGCACUGUGCCACCUGCCACAACAUCAAGGUAGCAGACCUCGCCGGCGGGCACUGUGCCACCUGCCGCAACAUCAAGGUAGCAGAUCUCGCCGGGGGGCACUGUGCCACCUGCCGCAACAUCAAGGUAGCAGGCCUCGCCGGGGGGCACUGUGCCACCUGCCACAACAUCAAGGUAGCAGACCUCGCCGGGGGGCACUGUGCCAUCUGCCGCAACAUCAAGGUAGCAGACCUCGCCGGGGGGCACUGUGCCAUCUGCCGCAACAUCAAGGUAGCAGACCUCGCCGGGGGGCACUGUGCCAUCUGCCGCAACAUCAAGGUAGCAGACCUCGCCGGGGGGCACUGUGCCAUCUGCCGCAACAUCAAGAUAGCAGACCUCGCCGGGGGGCACUGUGCCAUCUGCCGCAACAUCAAGGUAGCAGACCUCGCCGGGGGACACUGUGCCAUCUGCCGCAACAUCAAGGUAGCAGACCUCGCCGGGGGACAGUGUGCCAUCUGCCGCAACAUCAAGGUAGCAGACCUUGCCGGGGGACACUGUGCCAUCUGCCGCAACAUCAAGGUAGCAGAUCUCGCCGGGGGACACUGUGCCAUCUGCCGCAACAUCGAGCCACCAAUUGAUGAGAACAACAUUUAUGAGUGGGUGCAGUGGAGUCCCCGUUCAUUUUCUCCACCCGAACAGAAAAAGGGGCAUGCAGGAAUGUCGCAUCUCAUCUUGGGUAGACUGGUAUCAGGCUAUAGCAGCAGCUGCCACGGAUGCGUGGAUAAACAUCUGUUCCUCAACAUGUCUGUCUUCCGCACACCAAGAUUCCUCCUGGUGCCACAGGCCCUCAGCGUGUCACUGUACAAGGGAGAGGAUCAAGCUACGAGGCCAAAUGCAGGCUAG